AUGAUAACUCCAUCGGAUUUCUACAACGUGAUGACGGCCAUGGUGCCGCUUUACGUGGCCAUGAUCCUGGCGUACGGCUCGGUGAAAUGGUGGAAAAUUUUCUCCCCCGACCAGUGCUCGGGCAUCAACCGCUUCGUCGCGCUCUUCGCGGUUCCGCUGCUGUCCUUCCAUUUCAUCUCCACCAACGAUCCCUACGCCAUGAACCUGCGGUUCAUCGCGGCCGACACGCUGCAGAAGCUGAUGGUGCUCGGAGUCCUCACGGUCUGGGCCCAAGUCAGCCGCCGCGGCUGCCUCGAGUGGACUAUAACUCUCUUCUCCCUCUCCACCCUCCCCAACACGCUCGUCAUGGGCAUCCCCCUCCUCAAGGGCAUGUACGGGGCCUCAUCCGGCGGUCUCAUGGUCCAGAUCGUUGUCCUCCAAUGCAUCAUCUGGUACACCCUCAUGCUCUUCAUGUUCGAGUACCGCGGCGCCAAGCUGCUCAUCGCCGAGCAGUUCCCGGACACCGCCGGCUCCAUCGCCUCCAUCGCCGUCGACUCCGAUGUCGUCUCGCUCGACGGGCGCCGGGACGCCCUCGAGACCGAGGCCGAGAUCGGGGACGACGGCAGGCUCCAUGUCACGGUGCGGCGGUCCAACGCCUCCCGGUCGGAUGUCUACUCCAGGAGGUCCCAGGGGUUCUCCACCACCACCCCUCGCCCUUCCAACCUCACCAACGCCGAGAUUUACUCGCUGCAGUCCUCCCGUAACCCGACGCCCCGGGGCUCCAGCUUCAACCACACCGACUUCUACUCCAUGGUCGGCAGGAGCUCCAACUUCGGCGCAUCGGAUGCUGGCUACGGCGCCGUGAUGCCGACCGCGGCGUCGAGGCCGUCCAACUAUGAGGAGGAGCACGGCACCGCCACGGCCGGCGCCAGGUCCCGCGGGUUCCACUACCCGGCGCCGAAUCCAACCGUGUUUUCGACGGCGGCGGCGUCAGGCGCUACGAGGGUGGUGGGCGGCAAGAUGGCCAACGGGCAAUCCCAUUUACUGAAAGCGGAGGACGGAGGUACCAAGGAUCUCCACAUGUUCGUGUGGAGCUCCAGCGCAUCCCCAGUCUCCGACGUGUUCGGAAAUAACCAGGAGUACGUCUUCCCGCCGGCGACGACGGAUCCUCCUGCCGUCAAACAAGUCCGAAUGGUGGUUUCCCCAGGCAAAGUGGAUGGGCGGAAGGAGCGGGAUGAUUACUUGGAGCGAGACGACUUCAGCUUCGGAAAUGGGGGGAUGAUGGAGAGAGACGGUGGGCACGAGGGAGGAGACGAUGACAAGAUGCAUGAGAGCAGCAAAGGAGGAGGGAGAAGCACGGCGUUGCCACCGGCCAGCGUCAUGACGAGACUGAUCCUAAUCAUGGUGUGGCGGAAGCUCAUUCGCAACCCCAACACCUACUCCAGCCUCAUCGGCCUCACCUGGUCCCUCGUUUCCUUCAAAUGGCAUGUCGAGAUGCCUGCCAUUAUAUCAAAGUCGAUCUCCAUACUGUCGGACGCAGGCCUUGGCAUGGCCAUGUUCAGCCUUGGUCUGUUCAUGGCGUUGCAGCCAAGGAUCAUAGCAUGUGGGAAUAAGGUUGCAGCUUUUGCCAUGGCCGUGAGAUUCCUUGCAGGCCCAGCUGUCAUGGCUGCCGCUUCCAUAGCCGUUGGUCUCCGUGGCGUCCUCCUGCACGUCGCCAUUGUACAGGCAGCACUCCCUCAAGGCAUUGUCCCCUUCGUCUUUGCAAAGGAGUACAAUCUGCAUCCUGAUAUCCUUAGCACUGCGGUUAUAUUUGGGAUGCUGAUCGCACUGCCCAUUACGCUGGUUUAUUACAUUCUACUGGGUCUCUGAUGUUAAGUAUAUCCCGAGAGACGAAGGGCGUCGAAAGACGGCAGCGUAGGCUGGGUUUCAGAGAGAAAGCAAGGAGAGGCGAUCUCCAAACUCGUGGAAAAGGGAACCGGAUCCGAUUCUGACCGACGUGGUUUACGGAAAGAGCUAGGUUGCUGUAAAAUGAUGUGCCUUUCAAUCUCAAGAGCUCUUCUUUCUUCUUUUGCCUUUGUGUGUGUGUCUCACCUUCAUCCGCUCGUUGUUUUAAAGAAUAUAAAUAAAUAAGAGAAUAUAAUGGUACAUGCA